AUGAGGCUCCACGCGGGCUCCCUGUUUAUCCACCUCCUUCUCGUCGCAUCGUCGUCGGUCGCCGGCCGCGUGCAGACGCGAGAGCCCGAGUCGCCCCAGUUACAUGGUCGCUUCCUGCACAUUACCGACCUCCACCCCGAUGAGCUCUACAAGGUCCAUUCGUCCUCGGCCGCCGGCAUCGCCUGCCACCGCGGCGAGGGCAUGGCCGGUACCUACGGCGCAGAGAAGACCGACUGCGACUCGCCAUUUGCCCUCGUCAACGCCACCCUCGACUGGAUUGCAGACAACAUCAAGCACGACAUCGACUUUGUCGUCUGGACCGGCGACUCGGCCCGCCACGACAGCGACGAGAAGCACCCCCGCACUGCAAAAACCGUCCUCGACUCGAACCGCGCCGUCGCCCGCAAGGUCGUCGACACCUUUGCCUCGCCCCGUGACGGCAAACUCUCCGUGCCCGUCAUCCCUACCUUUGGAAACAAUGACUUUUUGCCACACAACAUCAUGAACCCCGGGCCCAACAGAUGGUUUCGGGCCUACGGCGACAUCUGGAAGCGCUUCAUUCCCGAGGACCAGCGCCACUCCUUCCAGUACGGCGGCUGGUUCUAUGUCGAGGUCAUCCCCAACAAGCUUGCCGUUUUCAGCCUCAACACCAUGUUCUUCUUUGAGCGCAACGCCGCCGUCGACGGCUGCGCCGACCCCUCGGAGCCGGGCUACAAGCACAUGGAGUGGCUGCGUGUCCAGCUGCAGCGCAUGCGCCAGCGCCACCUCAAGGCCAUCCUCAUGGGCCACGUGCCCCCGGCCAGGACCGACAGCAAGCAGAAUUGGGACGAGACGUGCUGGCAGAGGUACACGCUAUGGCUGCGCCAGUACCGUGACGUCGUCACCGCCUCCGUCUUUGGCCACAUGAACAUUGACCACUUUUUGCUCCAGGAUACCGAGCAGCUGGAUCUGGACACAGAGAGCCCCGACGGUGGCGUGUCCAUUCAGUCCAAGAGCGACUAUCUCCUGGAAUUGCGCGACGAGUGGUCCGAUCUACCAGACCCGAUUAUCGGUGUGCUCCAAGAGGGCGACGGCGACGACGAUGACGACGACGACGACGACGAUGAUGGCUCGGGCGAGGUCACCAACAAGAAGCACAGGAAGCACAAGAAGAAGCACAAGUACAGAAACAUUGGUGGAAAGCACGCAGAGCGCUACCACGUGUCCUUUGUCAGCCCGAGCGUCGUGCCAAACUACCUCCCGACGCUGCGAGUCUUUGAGUACAACAUCACCGGCCUUGAGCAGGCAGUGCUCUGGAAGGAUACCUUUGACGGCCAAGCGGUUUCGCCUCCGGCCGCGCCACAGUCACAAGAGGAGGAUAAAGAAGAAGAGCACCAGGAGCUUAGACGACAGGUGACGGCCGAGAAGAAGCGGGGCCGGAAAAAGAAGGGUGACAAGAAGGACAGGGACAAGGACGACCUCAUCGUGCCCGAAGCGCCACCAAAGAAGUCUCUCCCUGGACCGGCGCACCAUGCCCAGCCCCUGACCCUAACGGGCUACGUGCAAUACUACGCCAACCUUACAUACAUCAACGACGUGCGCGAGGCCAAGUGGCGCGGCGGGAACCCGGGCAGCAAGAGCCCCAAGCACAAGCCCCGGCCCCGCGGCUUCGAGUACCAGGUCGAGUACAGCACGGCCGACGACAGGUUUUACAAGAUGCAGGACCUCACGGUCAAGCGUUACCUGCACCUCGCGUAUCGCAUGCGGCGGGAGAAGCAAAGGGACGCGCUGGAUCACAACGAUGACGAGGGAGUUGAGCUUGAGGCUGAGGCAAACGACGCUGACGAUGAUAAUGCUGACGUCGAGAAGGAGAACAAGAAGGGCAAGAAGAAGAACAAGGACCGCGAAAAGAACGAGACUUGGCUGCAUUUUCUCGGGCACGCGUUUGUCAAGACGAUGCCCAAGAAGGACCUGGAGAAGAUGUAA